UAACAAAAGAUUUUUACCGGGCAAAAAUUACGAAAUGGUGCGAAAACUGAAAUUCCACGAGCAGAAGCUGCUGAAAAAGGUGGACUUCUUCAACUGGAAGGAAACGAACAGUCUGCACGAGGGCAAAGUGAUGCGCAAGUACAAUCUGCAGAAGCGGAGCGACUACACAGCGUACAAUCAUCUGGCGCGCCAGAUCCGGGAGCUGGCUCGCAAAAUCGCGGACAUCGACCCGAAGCACCCGUUCCGGACGGAGAUGAGCGCUCUGCUGCUGGAGAAGCUGUACGUGAUAGGGCUGAUACCGACCAAGUGGGACCUGGAACUCGCGAACAACAUCAGUGCGUCUUCGUUCUGCCGCCGGCGACUCCCGCUGGUGCUGGUGCGGAACAAAAUGUCCGAGAACCUGAACCACGCCACCCAAAUGGUGGAACAUGGGCAUGUACGGGUGGGGGUGGAAGUGGUCAAGGACCCAGCCUUCCUGGUCUCACGCACGUUGGAGGACUUCGUGACGUGGGUUGACGGUUCCGCGAUCCGCAAACAUUUGCUGGAGUACAACGAUAUGCGAGACGAUUUCGAACUGUAAUAAAGCUAA